AUGUUCUCCCAUGAAGAAAAGUGUGAUAUGUUAGAAUGCUAUUUAGUGUGCAGAAAAUCCUCCUUGAGAGCAAGAGAAUACUACAGUGAAUUAUAUCCCGCUCGCAUUCAACCGUAUGAACGAUAUUUUCUGAGACUUUAUCGAAAAUUUAGGGGCAACGAAAAUGUUUUUGCUAAAACAAGGGCAAAAAAAGAAUUCAUAAUAAGCGAGGCCACGGAAAUUGCAGUUAUUGGAUAUUUUGAAGCUUAUCGUGAGAAUUCAAUAGCAGAUAUUCUCAAGGACUCUAAUUUCAGUUAUGGUACUGUUCAAAGGAUUUUCAAAAAAUACAAAUUUAUUCCGUAUAAGUACCGACCAGUUCAAACGCUUUUGGCAGGGAAUCCAGAGAGAAGACUUGUUUUUUGCCAUUGGUAUCUUAGCUUCUGUCGCCAAAAUGUAAAUAACUUUCGUUACCUUUUAUGGACAGAUGAAUCAAAUUUUUCAAAUUCUGGAAUGUUUAAUAGAAAAAACCACCAUUAUUGGUCAAGAGAAAAUCUUUUGUUAGUACAUCCAAGAGGCCCACAAGUCCGUUUCAGUUUCAACGUUUGGUGCGGUAUAAUUGGUUCAAAAAUUGUUGGCCCGUUCUUUUAUGAGGGAACCCUAACUGGUGAAAGAUAUGUGGAAUUUAUGUCAGAAAUUCUGACUAAUUUCUUAGACGAAUUGGAUCUUAUAAGUAGACAUCAUCUGCAUUUUCAGCAAGAUGGCGCACCUGCCCACAACUCUAGAGGUACUUAUCAUUUUCUAAGUACUACUUUUAAUGAUCAGUGGAUAGGAACAAAUGGCCCAAUACAGUGGCCUCCCAGAUCACCAGAUCUAAACCCACUUGAUUACUUCUUGUGGGGUUACUUAAAGAACCAAAUUUACAAGCGAAGGUACGAUAACCUUGACGCGUUAAAGACUGCAGUUAGGGAAAAGAUAACCCAGAUAGAUGGUAGGACCAUACUUAAGACAGUUCGAGCAGUUGAAAAACGUGCCCAAAAAUGUAUUGAAGAACAAGGUGGUCGCCACAUCAGUCUGGUGAGUCUUAGCGAUGAUCCCAGGGAAAACGUCGAUGCUGUGCGCAAACUCAUCAUUGAAGAUAGACAUGUGACAUAUCGCGAGUCUGAGGCAUCCUUGAAGAUCUCAAAGCCCUCAAUUCAAAAAAUUUUACAUGAAGAAUUAGGAGUAAGAAAAUUAGUUUCUCGUUGGAUACCCCACCUGUUGACUGAAGAGCAGAAAGCAGCUAGGGUUAAUUGGUGUCAAAAAACGCUGGACCGUUUCAAUUUCGGAAACUCAAAAAAUGUGUACAGCAUUGCUGGUGGUGAUGAAUUGUGGAUUUACUGUUAUGAACCAGAAAAUAAACGACUGUCGGCUGUUUGGGUGUUCCAAGGUGAAGAAAAGCCAACAAAAAUGGUCGCGACAUUUGUGACAAAAGCGGAUCAUAUUGCAACAAUCCCUCUUAAUGAGCAAAUAACUGUUACUGCGGAUUGGUCUACCACCAUUUGUUUGCCAAAAGUCGUCACCGAGCUUCGAAAAAUCAACUCCGAAAGAAGAAUAAUCCUCCACCAAGACAAUGCAAGCUCGCACACAGCCCAAAAAUCAAGGCAGUAUUUAACGGAAGAAAACAUGGAAUUAUUGGACCAUCCACCAUAUAGUCCCGAUCUAAGUCCUAACGAUUUCUUUACUUUUCCGAAUAUUAAAAACAGACUGCGUGGUCAUAGGUUCCAGUCACCAGAAGAAGCAGUUGACGCAUUCAAAAAUGCCGUUUUGGAUCUGCCAGCAAACGAGUGGAAUAAGUGCUUCCAAAAUUGUUUCGAGCGCAUGCAGAUGUAUAUUAAUCUUCGUGGAGAAUACUUUGAAAAACAAUAA